CAGACAUCUCCUAUCCAGGAGUAGGAGGGCAUUCUCUGGUGUUCAGCACUCCCUGGAAAGCUCCUCCUUUUCUACUCACCACCUUCAACUAGAAGAUGGUGCUCAGGUUCCACUCCUGCUCCUCCAGACACCUCCAAUCCAGGGGUAGGAGAGCAUUCUCUGGUGUUCAGCACUCCCUGGAAAGCUCCUCUUUUUCUAUUCAACACCUUCAACCAGAAGAUGGUGCUCAGGCCCACAACUGCAGCGUUUCUGAGCAUGGAUAUGACUGUCACAGCCUGGGAGACUGAGCUCACAAAAAUCAAUGGAAGUGAUCAACAUUAUACAGAGUUCAUAAUCCUGGAAGGAUUUAAAGCCCUUGUGACCCUGGUGGGGCUGGCAGGGAACGCGGUGGUGCUCUGGCUCCUGGGCUUCCGCAUGCGCAGGAACGCCUUCUCUGUCUACAUCCUCAACCUGGCGGGGGCCGACUUCCUCUUCCUCUGCAGUCAGAUUAUAUAUUUUUUAGAUAUAAUUUUCGACUUAGAUUUUGUCCCCACUGAAGUCUACAUGUUUUUCAUUGCUGUGGCAGUGUUUGCCUACAUCUCAGGCCUGAGCUUUCUCGGUGCCAUCAGCACAGAGCGCUGCCUGUCUGUCCUGUGGCCCAUCUGGUACCGCUGCCGCCGCCCCAGUCACAUGUCCGCUGUCACGUGUGCCCUGCUGUGGUCCCUGUCCUUACUGCUGACCAUCCUGGAUAAAAAUAUCUGUUUCCGUCUGUUGCAUUUUAUAAGCUUUUCCAUGUGUCAGGUAUUUAAUUUCAUCACUGUGGCGUGGCUGAUUUUGUUAUUUGUGCUUCUCUCUGGAUCCAGCCUGGCCCUGAUGACCAGACUGCUGUGUGGCCCCCACCAGGUACCGCGAACCAGGCUCUACGUGACCAUCGUGCUCACGGUGCUGGUCUUCCUCCUCUGUGGCCUGCCCUUCGGCAUCAUCUGGUUCCUCUUAAUCUGGUUUCCAAUUGACUUUAAUACCAACCAUCUUUUCAUGAAGCUAUUACUUCUGUCCUCUAUCAACAGCUGUGCCAACCCCAUCAUUUACUUCUUCGUUGGCUCCUUCAGGCAACAAUGGCGGAAGCAGAGACACACUCUGAGGCUGGUUCUCCAGAGGGCUCUGCAGGACACUCCUGAGGUGGAUGAACAUGGAGAAAGCCUUCCUGGGGAAACCCUGGACAUGUCGGGAAGCAGUCAAGGGCAGUGAUGAGAGCCUCUGUCCUGGUCAGUCUGAAGUAACUUUGAGACUCACUGCUGCCCUGUCAGGCUUGGAAAGUAUCUAUUCUUCUCUGAGCCUCAGCCCCAAAAUGCUUCAGUGAUGCCCAAUCUCUUCAAAUAGGUUGUUUUUAAAAAGCUGUUCUAGUUUUUCUCAGAGAAAGUAUUAGUUCCAAUGUUUUACCUCUCCAUUACCAAUAAAUUUCUCAUGU